AUGUCUACGACUAUCGUCCAGCCUAAUCGCGGCGCAUCUGUGCCAGAUGUGGUCGCUGUCGGCGAUUCAAAUGAGUCGCAGGCGGAAUGGCUUGCGAAGCAGCAGAUCAACAUCGAGAACCGCAUUAACUUGAAGAAACUGUCCCACAUGCGAUACCAACAUCCUGACCUGGACGAAAUCCAGACAUUCAUGAUUGAUUUUGGAAUGCAAAUUUCAAGAAAGACCGAUGAAGAACUCUGGUUCAAAGGAUAUGGAUCCGACCAAUAUGUUUACUACGCUCGCAAAGGACCAAAGAAGUUCCUUGGUGGUACUUUUGAGGCUCAAAGCAAGGAAGACUUUGACCGAGCAGCAAAUCUUCCUACGGCCAGCGCAGUGGAGGAUUUGAGCCAUGCCCCCGGUGGUGGAUCACUAGUGACAAUCACUGACCCAGAAGGGUUCCCAGUAAAUGUCAUCUUCGGUCAAGAACCUACGAAUGUCGAAGUUUCUCACCCGGAGAAGCUCAUCCUGAACUACCCCGGUGAGAAGCCAAGACGCCGUGAGUUCAACCGCUUUGAACCCGGACCAGCUGCUGUCCAUAAGUUGGGUCAUUUCGGAUACACGACGCAGCAGUUCCAACCGCUACUCAAAUUCUACACCUCCACCUUCAAUAUAGUCCCCUCGGAUCUAUUGUACGUCGAGCACGGUGGCCAGAAAAUCCUUGUGGCAAUGUUCGCUCAUCUCGACCUGGGUGAGACUCUUGUGGAUCAUCAUUCGAUCUUCUUCAGUACUAAUCCCAAGGGCGCGCAUGUUCACCAUUGUUCCUUUGAGGUAAAUGACUAUGAUACCCAGCAGCUGGGUCAUCAAUGGCUGGAUAAGAAAGGAUAUACCUCUGUGUGGGGAAUUGGUCGGCAUAUUCUGGGUUCGCAGAUUUUCGACUAUUGGUGGGAUACUACGGGAAACAUGGUGGAACAUUAUGCUGAUGGAGAUUUGGUGAAUCAACACACCCCCGUUGGCUAUGUCCAGGCUGGAAGCGAGUCUCUAGCUGUAUGGGGACCGGAUGUCCCCGCUGAAUUUUUGGAGUAA